ACCAAAAAGGCAGAAAGACUCAAUGCGACCCAUUACUACGAUGCCAGAGUUAACUAGCAUUCUUCAAGCAAACCUAAGUUCCUAUAAUCAAGAAUUCAAGCACAAGUUUCAGAAUUCGGCUGAAGCAGAUGGUGGCAAAUUUUCUGAAGGGCCAAGGACAAGAACACGUUCCAAGACGGGUCAAAGUGCUCUCGAUGACAUUCCUCCCUCGUUCUUGGUGCAAAUACCUCAUCACUAUCCAUAUAAACCAGAGAAGAAUAAAAAGUGCCAAGUCUGUGGAAAGCAUGCGAGGACGCCGUCAGAUUUGCUGCGCCACAUGAGGGUUCACACCGGUGAAAGACCUUUCCCAUGUGUGGCUUGCGACAAGACAUUCAAGUGCAAGAGAAGUCAACUAACCCACCAGUACCUCAGUCAUGGAAUCAAAGAUGGAUUGUCGGAGCAUCGUUUAGACGUUCUGGACCAUCGGAAAGUCAAAAGAAAUAUUUCUAAAAUAAAAGACAAUUUUGUGAGUCAGAUGCCAAACUUAAUCGACCAGAUCAUGCACAACACUUUUCCUAAACAGAAAAAAGAGCCAUCUCCACCAAUCGAUCAAGAUGAAGAUACUGAAAUUAUGGCUGGGGAAGAAAUUUCAUGUACCAGUGAUGUCCCUGUCAGUUUUGUAGGGUUGUUUAGCUCACAGAAGGAAAAUGGUAUUGGCUCGAUCACUGGCGAGGAAAAUCAUAACCACUUGGAUGAAAAAAUCCAAGAGCUGCCAUUGAACAUUAAAAAAGAAUGUGACUCCACAGAACCGAAAGAAAAAAAUGUAAAUAAUUCUGAAAAGAGUGCAAAUAGUUCUUUCCUAGUGAUGAAGAAGAAGAAAAAGGAUCGCUUUAAAAAGGUCCCUGUACUUAGAAUUAAAACACACAAGUGUACACAUUGUAAAAGACAGUUUAGAUCUGUUUACACUCUCAGGUAUCAUCUCAGGUCAAUGCAUGAUGAAAAGGUAUACCUAAGUCCUGCAUUGGAAAGUAGACUGAAAAAACGAAGGUGGGUGCCACCUCAUGUUAGGUUACAGAAGUCCAAACUGAGCUCAAGUGGAUCUCGAACAGAAAGCAGAAAAGAUGGCUUUAAUAAGAUCAAAAGUGCAAAGAGCAAAGAAAAAUACAAUUUUCUUCCAACGUACCCAAAUGAAGAAAUAGAACAAAAAUUUCUUUCUCAGGUGAGGCAGAGUUUCUGUGACAAUACCCCACAAGUACUGCAAGCAAAUAAAAAUGAUACUGCAAUAGAUAUGCAUGUAAAUAGUGACUUAACAGCAGCAAUCAAAAAAGAAAAUAUUGACAAUUAUGAAGAUGAAAUCAACAAUAAUGUUUCUGAAAAAAUAGAGGAAAAAGAAAGAAACAUCAGAAAUAUCAUGGCUAUGAAUGAAAAUGAAAUGAAACAACUGCCCUUUUACAAUAAUACACUGCCAAAUUCAACUGCAAACACUACAGCAACUGGUUUUACAUUAAAUUCAACUAGCACAACUACAGCUUCUAAUCCAUUCGUUUUACCACCUCAUAUAUUCUUUCCUAGUACGCCUGCAGCAGAGGAAGGUUUGAUGAAUGAGAAGCCAAUAUCAUGGGAAAGCUUACAAGUAACUUCAGAGAGUGUUCUGAUUUCAAAGCUGGAAGCCAUUCAUCCUGGAACACAACAAAAAUAUGUGCUCUAUAAAUGUGGACUGUGUGGAAAAGCUUUUGCUAGUCUGAGGGUCAUUUGUGGCCAUUUAGCUCUUCACAAUGACACCAACAAAGAAAAAGAUUGUGAAAAGUGUGGAGCAUCAUUUAAAUGGAGAACUGAACUCGAUUCACACUUGGAAUGUCAUCAGACUGAUAGAAAAUUCAUGCAAACAUCUCCCUUCUUGCCAAGUUACUAUGUGAAUCCAUUUCCUAUUCCUGUUGUAACACCUAACGAACAAAAUGUCAUGUCAACGACCAGAUUGUUGCCAUAUCCAUUCUUUCCUAUGCCUCAACAAAUGCCUCCAAUCAUGCAACCAGGAUUUUUCCCUUUCUUUGCUGCUGCUCUUCAGCACCCAUCUGUAAAUAGCCAUGAAGAAAGUGUUCAUAAUGCAACUCAAUCUCCAAUAGAUAAUAAUCAUAAUACUGAGAAUGUUGAAGAAAAGAAUUUAGUGCAAAGCUGUACUUUCCAGUGUAAAUUGUGUCCAAAAACAUUUGACAGAAUUUUCUCAUUACAAAGGCAUGAGCGUAUACAUAGUGGUGUAAAAGCAUGUUUUUGUAAAAUAUGUGGUAGAGGUUUUAGCGAACUGAGAAAUUUAAGGCAUCACAUUAUACGUUUCCAUGCUGAAUCCGCACAAAAAGAACCGUUGCCAUACAGAAGACGUCCAAACAGGAUAAGAAAUGUUAGCAGUUCUCAAAAGCUGGUUUCAUUUUUAAAGAAAACUGCUGUUAGGAUCUUGAACCAAAUGGGACAGAGUAAAUUGGACCCACUUACACAAACUGAAAUCAAGAACUCUUUGGUGGACUCAUGUGCAGAAAAAUCAUCUGAAGUGAAGUCCGAAAAUGAGGCUGAGAACCUGUCUGGUUGUGCUCAGUUGAACAGCUCUGAACAUCGGAUGGAACAGAAUGGUACUGCCAUGAUGCCCAAACUCUUUGAUGCUACCUCUCAUUUGACUCAACUUUCCCCUACUCAGGAUCUCAGCGAAGUUCCUCCACCUAAGCUUUCACCAGGUGUUGCUGAAGACACCAAAGGAACUAACUCCACAAAAGAUACGGGUACUAAUGGUGCUGUGGAAGUGCUCCAAGAUCCAAAACGGUCUCUUAUGGGUAACCGAAGGAAAGGCAGGCCCUUCAAGCUAUCCACAAUGUCCUCCCAGACAUUGAACCUUGGUGGUGAUGAACUUUUAUUCCCUCUAGUAGAAAACAGCUUUUUGGAAAAACAUGCAGAAGCACUUUCAAGCAACAAUUUAUUGCAAGCUGCAAAUAUCCUAAAUGGCUGUUUAAAGCCCGAGAUAGCAUUUCCACAGUUGAACUUCUUUAAUAUGGAACAACCUUCAAAUGAACCAAUUGAUAUGAGAAAUCCUACCGCAAAAGAAAAACCAACUGAUUUGUCAUCACCCCCAAAAGCAGAAAGCGAAACCAAUGAAACUCAGGACAGAAAUCUUACUUUGCCAACCGAAAAUAACAUAGGAUUAGGGCUUUAUAAUGAACCAUCGCAGAAUGCAAACGCUUUGAAACUACCAGACAAUUUUGAAUCAAGAUGUCUGUUUCCUUGCAGCUACUGCCACAAAAGUUUCAACUCUAUUACAGAUAUUAAUAGGCAUAUGAGUUUCCAUGCAGAUAUACGACCGUUUAAAUGUCCAUACUGUAGCUACUGCAGUAGAACAAACAGUCAACUGAAAGUUCAUAUGAUGAGACAUGAGGGAAUAAAACAUUAUAUGUGCCAGAUAUGCAACUACAAUGGAGUGACACAGUCAGAUUUGAAUCGCCACCUGAAGACUAGAACCCAUCUCCUACGUUCUCGAAAUGUAUGUGCUUGCUGCGGCACAGGUUUCCACACACGCAGUCUUUCUGACGAACAUUACAAGAGUUGCCAUUUGUCUGCAAAUUCAAAUAAUCAAGAUCAAAACUCUAAGAAUCAACAAGAAACCUCAAGUAAAUCAAGUACGUCCAAUAACAGAAAUCGGGUGACACGCUUGAAGCAGUUCCGAACGCCUGAAGAGAAAAUCAAACACGAGUUCUAUCAAAAGCUGUGCGACCUAAACAACAUGGGCUUAGGUGACAUGGCAUUAGGAGACUUUCUGCAACAGACCUCUGCGUCGGUUAAUGUUGAGAAAUGAAUCACGCACACAUUCCACCACGACAAAAUGAAUUUAUGUGUAUUGUUGGAGACUGAAGCUAUGGAGUGCUUGAUAAGAUUCCACAAUGAUUUCACAAAAGUAAAUGGCAUCAGCUUGGUGUUUUCUUGUAACUAAAUCUUUAUAAAAAAUGUUUAAUUUUUUAUUAGUCGAACAGCCAUUUCAAAAUAACAAGUUCCUUAAGUUGCGGUGAUAUGUAUUUGAGAUUAAAAGCUCAGUGAUAUUUAAAGUUUGAGCACCCCAAUCUGAUGGCAGCAACUGAUGGCCGUCCAUUAAAAUACGUAAAGUAGAUGUCAACUCUUCAAGCAUCUUGCCUUGGAUUUGAAUCUAUUACAUAAAUCAUUCCAGAAACCUCUCAAGCACGCUGCAUUUUUAAAACAAACUAUUAUAUCACAAUAAAGUGAAAAAAGAAAUCCAUGCAUCAAAUGUAAAGACAAAGAUCCAGAUCAUGGACAGCUACUCAGGGG